AGAGGGCCAAGUUUAGGGUUUUAAGCGGCACAGUGGUUCAGAGUGAACUAGGGGGGUCGUCAUAGAGAGAAAGAGAGAGAGAUAGGAGUCUUUUGAAAUGGCAGUUUCCCUUAUGACUCAUCUUUUGAAUAAUACUCUGACACUGUGAUCCCCAGUUCAGUCACACAGUCAGAGGGUCCAGAGUCACAUCUAUCUCAUCCUCUCUGAGACACGAUGCAUCUCUUCUGGUGGAUCACCCACAUCUUUCUAUCCCUACCUUCUCUCCUCUCUCUUGUCCAAUCCCUCACAUGCAACAAUGAGACACAGUAUGCUUGGCCGCUGCAUGUAAGCCAAUGGUGCUGCAACAAGUGUCCACCAGGUCAGCAUAUGGUGGGACGCUGCGCCGGUCAGAACAGCCCGACCCAGUGUUCUGACUGCACCAGCGGCUACUACUCAGACAGCUACAACUUCAACAUAGGCUGCAAAUCCUGCGAUGGCUGCAGCAUGAGUGAGCUGCAGUAUGUAUCUCGCUGUUCCACCAAGCAGAAUGAUGUGUGCAGCUGUAAACCAGGCUACCGCUGCAGAGGCAGUGGCACCUGUCUGGACUGUGAGGAGAUCCCCAGCCCGAACACACCCAAACUCAUACCGACACCUCCCAUCAUGCCAGCUACAGUGUCAAACCACUCGGUGCCUGAUGACAGCAAGUGGCUCCCGGUGUGUGUGUCUGCAGUGGGUGUGUGUCUACUGCUCACCUGCCUUGUUGCCAUCUCAAAGCUCAAACCUGUUCUGCGAUGGAUUGGUUCACCAAACAGCUUCUGGUCUCCCAAAAAGACAACUCAAGCCAAUCAGAGCACAGCGGAGGAGGAAGUGCCCAUGCCGGUCCAGGAAGUGUGUGGAAAGCCAGAGCUGCUACUAGACGUUUGAUGGAGGAAGUCAGUGUCAAAGGAGAGGAUGAGAACUCACAAGCGAGCUGGGAGACCCGGGAGACACACAGACUACCUCACAUUCCCAUUGAAGUGAAACUAACCUGAAGGCUAGACAGGCUGCUGUAUUGGUUUAAUGCAGUGGCUUCUGUAUCUAGGACUUUCAGAAAGGACAAGAAAAUAGGACAAAAAGACACUUUGAAGUGUGAAGAUACAGGCUAAAGAUGAGUGGGAGUCUGUGACCGAGAAAGAGUGGAGAGUAACUGAGAGUGUGAACGAGAGAGAGAGAGAGAGAGAGAGAGAGAGAGGGACAGACAGACAGACAGACAGACAGACAGACAGGCAGACAGGGACGGGACGGGACGGGACGGGACAGACAGACAGACAGACAGACAGACAGACAGACAGACAGACAGACAGACAGACAGACAGGCAGGCAGGCAGGCAGGCAGGCAGGCAGGCAGACAGACAGACAGACUCAUUUGUGUGCUGAAUACAUGUACUGUACAUGUUUAUGUUGAAGAUGUUUUACACCUUCGUUACAAUUAUUAUGCUUUUUGCUGUAUCUAUGCUUUAUGCCAGUGUUUACUCUUACAUAGUAGUGGCUGCAUUUUAAAGAACAGAAUCACAAAUGUUACAGGCCUACUGUAAUGUCAUACAAUCGCCCCCAUCACCUGUAUUCAUUGAAAAAUUAUAUUUCGUAUUUUGCUUUUAAUUUGUGAAAAAACAGUUCAAGGUGCCAAA